AUGACCUAUGGAGCGAGGGUCCCUGUACCCGAUUGGCACUUGAAUGUCAAUUGGGUGUCUGGUUCGCCUAAUGUGACAACAGUUGAGAGAAAUGAUGAGGGGGAUGAUCAUAUGAUGGCUGUUGUGGUUAUAGACAAAGGGAUUGGAGAGCCCUUCCUCAAUGACAAGUUGCCCAGUCAUGACCAAAUUGCUGCUGCUAUUCAAUGCUCCAUAAUCACUCUCAAGUCCUCUCCUGUCUUCCUUAGUUCUGCAAUCAAGAACACAAGCAUUCAGCCCAUGCUUGACAGUGUGUAUGCCUACCAUCCCAAUCUCACUGGAUCCAAAGGAUGUUGA